UCAUCAUUGUCCGAGAACGUAGCGGAAGACCAUUUUGCCCUAUUUUGGGACUCACGAGUGUUAUGUAGUAUGUAAUCAGAGUGACGAAAACGAGUUGCAUGACCAAUCAAGCGGCUCGAAUGAGGCAAACGAACGGAGCAGAUGACUGGACGUCUACGCACCUCCGCUGGAUGGUUAAUAUUUGACUGCGUUGGAAUGAGUUUGCUUGACUGAAGCAAACGAAGAAUCCGGUGGAAGUGAUCUAGUUAUAGUAUACAUCAGAGCUUCUACAUGCUAGUUAUGCUGUCAUUCUAGCCGAGACUGCUUUGUUGAAUGGAUAGUUUGUUUCGGAAAAACCGAGUUCCACGACAACGAGAAGCGCACAAUCCCUCUCGGGAUUCGAACCAAGUCGUACUUGCCAGUUGAUUAUGGCACUGGGUCAUGGAUGACUGCUGCUGCCUACGUGGUCAAUUGAGACCUAGUGCAUCCCAUCCUCUACUACAACUCAUCUCAGUGCCCUGCGAAGGACGGGGUUGCCUUAGGAUGCAUAAAUUCACUCAUCAAGCCGCCAGUUGUCUGAAAACAACAUCAUGGGCUGCUCACGUAAAUGUAAUGUUGGGUGAGUGGUAUAGAAUUGUGAAGACUUUUUACCGAUAAGAAAACUUUUAUUCGUAAUGAUGAAGCCACUAUUCUGGAUGACACUUUUCAGCGGCUGGAUUUCCUCUCGUGGAACUUGCUCUACGUCCUCCCAUUUUCGGGUGCAUAAUUCAGUCUCCGAGAGUUCUAGCUUCGAUUCUGCUCGACGUGGACCCUACAUAUAUGCUGCGAUUGAGCUUGCCACAACAGCAACUUCGGGCGAAGGCCGGAGACAAAUCUGUGGCAGACACGCUGCGGCAUUUGAAGAGAUUCGAGAACUUGAACAUGUUGGAUAUGGGUGGCCAAGUGAGACAUGAAUCAGAAUUGGACGCAGUCAAGGAGGUCCUCGCUCAUCUGAGAGGGCUCAGAGAGAUUGUUUUCGUCGACCUACCAAAAGAAUUUGUAAAAGACAUUAUUGCGGCCUGCAAGCCUCCAUGUAAAAUUCGGAUACAGCGAUACGUGUGACGGGUACAUUUUUAUAAAAUUAUUUUAUUUCCCAA